AUGCACAGUAUAAGAAUAUUACAUACUGAUAAUGGUAGAGAGUAUGUAAACAAAGUUUUCAAGGAAUAUUUGGACAAAGAGGGGAUAGUACAUGAGCUAACUGCUCCUUAUUCACCAGAACAAAAUGGACGAGCAGAAAGAGAAAAUAGAACCGUAGUAGAAAGUGCUCGCUCCAUGUUGUAUGCAAGAGAUGUUCCACUGGAGCUGUGGGCUGAAGCGGUGAGCUGUGCAGUUUACAUAUUGAAGAGAACUUCUUCAAGCCAGACUCCGGGUAAAACACCAUAUGAAUUAUGGAAUGGUAUCAAACCACAAUUAGGUCAUUUGAAGGUGUUCGGCAGCGUUGGAUAUGUACAUGUUCCAGAUCAAUUGAGAACUAAAUUAGAAAAGAAGAGUAAAAAAAUGAUGCUUGUUGGCUAUGAUAAUACCAAUUACAGAAUGUAUGAUGUAAAUAAUAAGUCAAUCAAAAUUUCAAGAAAUGUGAUUUUUGAUGAACAUCAAACUCCAGCAAUAAGAAAGAAUAUUAAUCAGAUAUGUAUAACUGAUGAAAAUGAAGAAAAGAUACAAAAUGAUGAAACUGAAGCAAGAAAUGUGGAUGAAACACUAAUGGAAACUGUAGCAUUACAAUCUGAUGACAGCUUAUUGAGUUGCAACACUAACCUUGUUGAAUUGUCAUUGCCUCGGACAUAUGAUGAAGCCAUACAAAGUCCACAGAAAAAUGAAUGGUCUCAAGCCAUUAGGGAAGAAUUAUCUGCACAUGAAGAGAACAACACAUGGAGUGCGGUAACAAGAGCUGGUCAGCGGACCCUUACUACCAAGUGGGUCUUCGCAAUCAAGAAGAAUGAAGAUAAUCAGACACGGUACAAGGCUUGUCGGUGUGCACGAGGGUUUACUCAGAUUAAAGAUGUGGACUACCAAGAAAUAUUUUCUCCAACUACUUGUAAACAACUGAUCCAAGAAAUUAUAGAAUAUUUGAAACAAGCUUUUAAAAUAAAAGUGAUGCCAUUGAGAUAUUUUGUUGGUAUGGAAAUUGAGAGAAUAAGUAAUUGUAUCCAUAUUCACCAAAGAGAUUAUAUAGAACAAAUUAUUGAGAGAUUUUGUAUGACAAAUGCAACUCCAACUAGUACUCCAGCAGAUGUCAAUGUAAUUAUGACAAAGAAUGAGGAUGAAAACAUUAUUAAUUUUCCAUAUAGGGAACUUAUUGGUUCUUUAUUAUUUUUGUGUUCUGUUUCUAGACCUGACAUAUCAUUUGCUGUGAAUGUAUUAAGCAGAUAUGUAAACAAUCCUAGUCAGCAACAUGUAAAUGCUGUCAAACGUAUAGUUAGAUACUUAAUUAAUACUAAAGAUUUGUGUAUAAAGUAUGGAGAAAGUGAUGGCUUAAUAGGUUACUCUGAUUCUGAUUAUGCAAGUGAUGUCGAUACACGUAAGUCAACAACAGGCUAUAUUUUUAUGAUGAACGGUGGACCAAUUACUUGGUCCAGCCAAAAACAAAAGACCAUUGCUCUCUCCACUACUGAGGCAGAAUUUGUAGCUGCAUGUGAAGCAGCAAAAGAAAUGAUAUGGCUGCGGCAAUUAAUGUUAGAUUUAGGUGAAAAUUGUAAAUGUGUAACUAUGUUUAUUGAUAAUCAAAGUGCGAUAAAACUAAUAAAUAAUCCUGUUUAUCAUAAAAGAACGAAGCACAUAGAUGUUAAAUACUAUUUUAUUAGAGAAAAAGUUGAGUUGGGCAUGAUUAAAAUUAAUUAUGUUCCUAGUAAAGAUCAAUUAGCAGAUAUAUUGACUAAGGCAUUGUCCACUCAAACUUUUACUUAUAUAAGGGAUCAGAUAAUUAGUUAA